AUGUUUAGACCAAUCUUACCUCGUUCAAUUCACAACCCUUUAAACUUUUCUACAAGAUCUGCUGUAUCUGCCAGACUGUUUUCUUCAUCAAUCAUUGUUUCUGAAAAGCAAUUGACAAGAAAUCAAUUGAAAAACCAAUUGAAAAAAGACAAUGGUGUGAAAAGACCAAUGUCUGCAUAUCUUAUCUAUUAUACUUCGGUGAAAGAUGAAUUGAUUGCUAAUAGUCCAGCAAAGAGUCAAAUGAAGAUAUUAGCUCAAACAGCUUCUGAAAAUUGGAAAAAUUUAUCAGCUGAAGAAAAAGUGCCAUUUGAAAAAGAGGCUGAAAAGCAAAAGGAAAACUAUCGUUCCGUAUUAAAAGAAAUUGAAAAUCAAUUGCCCCCAAAGAAACCAACACCUGCUUAUAUAACAUUUGCUCAAGAUAUUAGAGAAUCAAUCGUAAAUGAGGACCCAACUUUGACUUUCAACGAAGUGAGUAAAAUUACUAGUGAAAAAUGGCAACAAUUGGAUCAAACUGAAAAGGAUAAGUAUUUGAACGAUUAUAAAGAAAAUUUAAAGAAAUGGGAAUCGAAAAAUAAAGCUUGA